AUGGAACACCACAAAACCAGGUGUCACGACCAAUUCUGGAAACGGGAUUUCUGUAAACACAUUGAGGUGGAUGAUAUCAAAGAUUUCAUGGAAGAUGGGGAUCGCCGGGAAGGCAUUCGGCGUAGCUAUGCAGGGACACUUGGGUUUGGGAAUGAUCCGGACCAGUUGUUACAUGUGAUUCUAAGAGAUGCUUGCUUCAUCUUUGAGCUCUUCUUGAGAAACUAUGCAAUCUCAAAGUAUGAUAAAGAUUAUAUAUUGAAAGCUCCAUGGCUAAGGAAAGCUAUAGAGCUGGACUUGAUAAUGCUGGAAAAUCAGCUCCCUUUUUUUGUUUUCACUAAACUUUUCGACUUCAUCCUCCUAAAAAAGCCACAAAAUAGUAAAGAAGUGGACAUGAAUAAUAGCCCUCCUUAUCCAUCCCAACUCCGCGAGGAAAGUGAAAGGCACAAUUUCUUUCUAAAGAUAACCUGUGCUUUCUUCAUUGAUUAUUAUAGUCAUCGAAAGCUUCUGGAUAAGGAAAUGCAACACUUCAAGAGAAUCAAACAUUUCACCGAUUUGGUCAGACAAUUCCUGUGUCCAAAUCAAACGUAUCCCAUUCAUGCUGGCAAUAUGUGCUGUCUCUACACUGCAAAGCAACUAGAUGGUUCAGGGGUGAACUUCGUGCCGCGUAAGGAUCAACGCUUAGCCAACAUAAAGAUAUAA